AUGAUCGCGAAGGGCUUGGUGGCGAACGGCGCGAGGGUCUACAUCUCGGCCAGGAAGGCCGAGGUGUGCGACCGGGUUGCCAAGCAGCUGAACAACAUGGGGCCGGGCACCUGCGUGUCGCUUCCCGGCGACGAGCUCAACACCGAUCAGGCCUGCCGAGCCCUGGCAGCCAGACUGGCGGAGCGCGAGGGCGAGCUGCACGUCCUGGUGAACAAUGCCGGCGCGACCUGGGGCAGCAGCUUCGAGGAGUUUCCCGACUCGGCGUGGGGCAAGGUGAUGUCGCUGAACGUGGCGAGCGUCUUCAACCUGACUCGGGCGUGCUAUCCACUGCUGAAGAAGGGCAGCCGUGGUAGCCUGGACCCGUCCCACGUCAUCACGGUCGGCUCGAUGGUGGGCCAUCCGACGGCCGACGUCUUCGACAACGCGCCGUCCUAUGCGGCGAGCAAGGCCGCCGCAGCGCAGGUGACCAGAUGGCUCGCGUCGAAGUUCUGCAGGGACGGCAUCGUGGCAAACUGCAUCCAGCCCGCCGCUUUCCCUUCUAAGAUGACUUUCGACUACUUCUUCAAGGACGAGAGAACGACGGAGAUGGUGAAGAACACCCACCCCGUCGGGCGCUACGGCGGCGAGGCAGACAUGGUGGGGCUUGCCAUUUUUCUCUCCAGCAGGGCCUCCGCCUUCGUGACCGGCGAGACCAUCUGCCUCGACGGCGGCAGGUGCCACAUCACGGGGGCGACGGCGCUCCCGCCUGCAAGCCUGUGA